GACGGCGAGACGCACUCCCACUCUUCCGCUCGAUUUUGGUGCGAAUUUUAGUGAAAGUUGCGCUGAUAAUCCGUGAAAAACACAUCCCAUACCUACAGCUUCAGUUAGUGCGUGCAGGGAACCUCGAGUUAAGCGUGAAUCUUUUGCAGUACGCCACAAUAUGACGGAUAUCGCUAAUCUACAGCAACAGGAUAGCAGCAGCUAUAGUGGCGGCGACGGUGACGGUGAUCAGGGCAGUGGCACCAUGAGCGGAUUCGACCAAAAUCAGGGCCAGGUUGCCGGCGAUGAAGGCAACCCAUCGCUGUUCAUACGCCUACGUGGAUUGCCGUGGAGCAUCACCGAGGACGAGAUACGCAACUUUCUGCACGGCGUCAACAUACUGCAGGUGCAUAUUGGCGUAAACCCGAUGACCAAGCGACAAACCGGCGAAGCGUACAUUCGUGUCGCGUCCGCUUCCGAUCGCCAUAAAGCGUUCUCUCGGAACAAGCAAACGAUCGGUCACCGGUACAUUGAGUUCUUCAACGCCACCGAGGAGCAGUACGAAAUGUCGCUCCAGGAGCUGGAUGACGACGAGGAGGGCGGUCCGGUGGUGAAGCUGCGCGGUCUACCCUGGACCAGCACCAAGGACGACGUGAAAGGCUUUUUCCAGGGCUUGACGAUUAAGAAUGGCUAUAAUGGGAUACUUUUGCUACUGGACAACCUGGGACGGGCAUCUGGGGAGGCGAUUGUAGAGUUUGCAACCGAGGCCGAAGCUGAAGCGGCCAUGGGAAAGCACAAAGAGAAGAUUGGGAACAGAUACAUCGAGCUUUUCCGCAGCAGUACCCGUGAAAUGAAGCGCGCGGAAAAGCGCCUGCGACGCAUGACACCAUACGGGCGCAACGAUCGCAACUCGGGUGGAGGCUACUCACAGAUGUCCGAUUCUGUUUACGGUCAAGGUACGUACGCAGAUUACUCUGACAAUACGAUGGGAUCGGGAGGCAACAUGAGUGGCGGUUGGAAUGAUCGUUCCAAUGGCGGUUAUGGCAAUGGCGGCAGUGGAUACAAUCCUAACUCGAACAACAUGGGUCAAAUGUACUCUCCGGGAAACAAUGGCAACUCGGGCUCGGGUCUUUCCAACAAUUUGGGUAGCAUCGACAUCUUGCGCCUGUUGCAGGAUCAGCUAAUAGAUCGAGGUGGUGGCACCAACUAUGGUUCGGGACGUAGCGGAAGUCCUUCCGGUGGUGGUAUGAACAGCGGUGGUGGUGUUAGCGUCAGUGCGAACAGCUACAGCACUAGCGCCGGCUAUGGUUCCGGAACGGGUGGUAAUUCCGGCGGUGGAGAUAUGCAAUCCAUGAUGGGCAUGGACCGUGGAGGAGGCAACAGUGGCAGCUAUCGUCCCACUGGACCAAUGUCCAACAGCUACGGCGGAGGCUACUCGACGGGUAUGGGAAGCGGCAAUAGUUCCAACAUGGGAUCUUACAACACCAGCAGCUACGGGUACGGUUCCGGCGGCGGUGGUGGUGGUGGUAGCAGCUACGGUUCGAUGAACAAUUACGCCAACAAUGACUUUGCGGGUGACGAACCGAACCUGUACUGUGUGCAUAUGCGCGGCAUGCCGUUCAAUUGCGACGAACAGGACAUGCACGACUUCUUCAUGCCGCUCCGGCCGGUCAAAUGUGUCGUGCAGUUAAACAGCCGCAAACGCCCAUCAGGCGAAGGGGAUGCGUACUUCGAAACGAAGGAGGAAGCCAUCAAGGCGAUGCGAAAGGAUAAGGAAAAGAUGGGCUCCCGCUACAUUGAGCUAUUUGCCGGCCAGCGUCACUUCGGCACCGGUACCGGCAGCGUCGGCGGUGGCAGCCUUGGCGGUAUGGGAGGCAACCAAUUCCCGAAGAAGUACUUUAACUGAAGCCUUCCUUCGGCAGAUUUAAGAUGAGAUUUUUUAUAAUAACCUCACUUUUAUUAUUCAUCCAUCAUCGUUAAACCUUCCUCGAUUAUGCAAAUUGUGAGACGAGAUUGUUGCGAGGCUUUGUGGGCUUUGUGGGGAUUGUGGUCCCAUCGUGAACGUUAACAUAAACUCAACAUUAUUACGAUCCGUCUGUAUCAUUUCGCUGUGCAUCUCUCCACAUGGGAACCGUGCCGGAAGUGUUAACCUUUAACUGUAGUAUGACAAAUCUAAUACCUAAUUUUAACUCAGUGACCGGUCGCACGCAUCUUGAGCAAGGUUAGCUUUGGUUCUAUUUGAAUUUAAAAUGCUGUCGUGCUUUGAAGAUAUCGUGUACAGCAAAUUGAAUAAAACAUUUGACAAUUGAUAAUCACAUUAAAUCCAUCAGAAUCCCAAGAAUAUGUGUGUUGCGGGUAGCUCGGUUCGAAAGUUUUAUGUUCAGCUUGAAUUUGUCAUGUUUUGUCGUACCGCGGAUAUGACGUGGAACGGCGUUACAACUGAGAGAUACUUAGCUGUAUUAGUUAAAGGUAAAACCAGCUCUAAUUAGUUACAGUAAACCUAACCUGUUGGUGGUGGUGGUGAUGAUGAUGAUGGUUAAUAUUUCUGCAUAAACUCGUGGCUUGUGGGAAGAAUAUUGCGAUGGAUAAUGUAUAGUUCUUAAGACACCGUUGCGAAAGGAAUCGAAUCAAGGGAGGGAGACUCAAAUCUGAUAACAACCAAUUUUAAGACACGUUCAACAUGCAUCUGCACGAAAAAAAACCCACACACACACGAUGCGACUCCCCUAAAUAACAAAACUAAAACAAAAACGAAUAACUACUCAGAACACUCAUUGGCAAAGAAGCUUUUUUGUUUACGUGGGGCUAUAGUAUAAUUCUUUGUUCUUUACAAUUAAUUAAAUUUACAUCUACAAAACACGAAACACAUAAUGUAUGUAUAGUGAGCGGCGUAAAGGGUCAGUCGUUGGUGGAGCUGGAGACACUCUUCAGCAAUCCCCGAUGUUGAUCCCCUAAGGUACCGGGAUAAGAAGUAAUUAUUGUGGCGCAAGAAAGGAGGGCCAGGGCAAGGGCAACCCACAUGGAGUAAAUAAACUGACACCCAAUU